UAAACAUAUGGCAAACAGCGACUCACGAGUGGUAAUCAUGCACUAAAAUGACGGAUUUAUCAACGUCACCGGUUUCCUCUGGCGUACCUACGUAGCAGUGACGCAAUUGCCUUUUCAAUGUCUUAUCUGGCGAGCGAGCGAGCCCGAGCUGUUGUCAUUCGUCGUGCGAUCACCUCGCUGCGCACACGCUUAUUUCGUUGAACGAUUUGUUCUUAUUUUAUCACACAGUCUUUGUUUCUUCUCACUUUUUAGUUGUGAUAAGUGCUUUAGUCAUAUUGAUAUACUGAUUUUGAUAUUGUUGAGUGUCAAGUGAUUACAAUGCUUAUGACAGGAUAUGUCGUUUUGUCAGAGAAGCUAGAAUUGCCUUGGAGAAUGACGCCGCAGGAGGAGCGGGAGGGGGCGCGGGGGGCUGAGAUCGCCGACGCUUUUGAGGACGACAUGUUUGGCCCCUCCCGGACGGAGCCCGCCGCUAGACCCAAGCUCUCCAUGAUCUCGGCCAGAAUCAGGGCUAACGAGGAGCGCAAACGUGUCAUCGACAUCUGCUCACAGAAACUCGAAAACAUCGAGGAUCCGGCCCGUGACCUUCGCAGAUCUGUCUGCAUAAACAACACCUACUGUAGACUGAGCGAUGAGGCGCGUAAGGAGAAGGAAGCGAGGCGACGCAGGGCUCGGGAAGAGUGUGAUGACUCAUCGUGGGUCGGCAAGAAGGCACGUCGGGCGGUGGAAGACGAGUGCCUGGCGCUAUUAGACGCCAUUCCAGAGCUCGGGGACGCGAACCUGGGCUGCGCGCAGCUGGCGCGGAUGCCGCGGCAGGACGUGGGGCUCAUCCCGCCCAGUCUGCUGACCGUGCUGGACUCGUGACCGAGCCGCGCGCCGCACCUACACGCGCUGCGCUGCGAGCGCUUCAGUGAGACGAUCUGAAAUAUACUCGUAUUGUGACCUCGAAUGUGCUCGAGCCGUUGACCGCGUUUCCGAACGGACUCGCCGCGUUUCAUAACGCAAGAUGACUUCGGUACGCCCGCUCUAUGCAGUCAGCAGGACCGAGACCCCGACAUGGACUUCGAGAGGACAAGACACAAUCACAACAUGAUAUCCAUUUUUUGUUACCCUACACGGACAGUUUAUAUAGCCAAUUUCUUUGUUGUUUAUGAAAAGUACUUACGUUAUUGAUAGGUAUGUAACGUGUUUUUUUUAUUAUUUUGUAUUUUAGUGAAAGUUGCUCAGUCGCCGACGAUGGGCGUGGUCCAAAUAGUGUUCAACGAUUACUUUUUAUUAUUGAACUGAGAAGUGUCGCUACAGACAUGACGUUGGCUGCAAAAGCACCAGAGAUAGUGUGAAGACUCUAAGUUUGUAAGGAGGAAUAAUUAUUCAAUAGAAUUAAGUUAUAAUAUUAUUUUACCAUAUUGUACGUGUAAAUAAUUAAAUAUUAAAGUGAUUAAGCGAUAGUGCAAAACGACUGGGAACGGUUGCGAUCAUAUAUUUAAAGAUGACGUUUAUCUAGAGAAAUUUGAAGCAAUUUUAAUUGAACUGUUUUGUUUUUUAGUUUCGUCAAAUUUUAAUUUAGUUUUUCAUUGAAUAAUGAGAUUUUUAUACAAAUGAUACUAAAGUAUCAACCAAAUAGUAAAUAGCCAUCAAAAAGUCUCAAAAAUAUAGGUUUAAAUUUGUUUAUUUUCUUUCAAUUUUAAUAAUGUCACUUCAGUUUUUCUUUGAAAUAAAUUCUGAGGCCAAGAUAAUAAGGGGCCAAUAUUGUUAUACAAAAUUUUGAGUAUCGGCCUUUAUUUUUAAAUUAAUUUAUGUUACCUUAUUUUCCACUUGUUUGUUACCAAUUUAGAUUUUAAAUGAUCUUUAAAAUAAUUUAAUGAAAUUGAGAUGGCCUACAAUUGCUAUCGUAAUAUCUUCGCAACAAAUUAAAUUGUGCAAUUAUUGUCUGACCGAACUGAUAAUUUGUGCAAUGGCAUCGCCAAUUACCUAAUAUUGUUGGAAAUCUCAAUUUUUGUCGCAAAUAAUAUAGUGUUUCGUCCGUCUUCGCCCCUCCUAUACACGUAGGUACAGCACUGCAAAUAGGGUGGGAG